AUGACCACAACAAUUUCAAUAAAGCUCGAAACUGAUGUUGCACGACGUGAAUUUAUUGAUAAAUUUGAUGCUUUUUUACUUGAUUGUGAUGGUGUAAUAUGGGAAGAGGAAAUAGUUUUGCCUGGUGUACAUGAGACAUUAAAAUAUCUUCGAAGCAAAGGAAAACAACUUUUAUUUGUUACAAACAACAGUACAAGGUCUCGAGAUGCAUAUCUCGCUAAAUUUCAAAGACUGGGAAUCGAAGCUUAUGUGGACGAGAUCUUCGGUUCGGCAUAUGCAUCGGCUUACUACCUCAAAAACGUGCUUGACUUUCCAUCCGAUAAGAAAGUCUAUGUAAUUGGUGAAUCAGGUAUUACUGACGAACUAGCUGCUGAAGGAAUUCAGUAUAUUGGCUCUGCGGCAGACAAUGAAUCUCUGAAGAGCAUGGAUUUCAGUAAAAUCGUACCAGAUCCGGAGGUUGGUGCUGUUCUUUGUGGAUUUGAUCUUUACGUCAACUAUUUGAAGUUCGCAAAAGCUUUCACUUACCUUCACUCCAAUCCAAAUUGUCUCUUUUUAUUAACAAACAAUGACACCACAUAUCCUGCAAAUGGAUCAAUCUUUCCUGGGACAGGAUCUCUCGCCGCACCACUAGUCACAGCUUUAAACCGAAAACCUCAUUGCGUAAUAGGAAAGCCAAAUAAACCAAUGCUAGACUGCAUCGUGAAAAAGUUUCAUUUGGAUGUGAAAAGAACCUGUAUGAUUGGUGAUAGACUUGACACUGAUAUCCAGUUUGGGAUAAAUGGUGGCAUUUCUUCGUUGUUGGUGUUGACGGGCGUUUCACAAGAAAAAGAAAUUCUUGCCAAUGAUGCUUCGAUCGUUCCCGAUUAUUAUAUCAAAAGUCUCGGUGAUUUUGCGACAAUUAUCGAAUAA